CUGAUGCAGGAUCAUACAGGUAAAGGGGGGUAACUGUUGUGUUCUUGUGCAGCUGUCUGGGCAAUCCAACCGGGUUGAAAGAGGAAGUAGAGUUGUGGAGGUUUGAGAGUGAUAUCGUCUCGUGGCGAGAAAUCCAAACACUCAGGCUGCGGUGUUCUUAGGCCUCAUGUCUGCACAGAUCUCAUCCCGCACCGAGCUGCGGGCGAGUCAGGACGACAGAACCACUCGAUGUACUACCAACACGGUUUUCCUUGUGCUCCUUCUGUCUGUGAGCCUCCACUUCUUCAACUACGCGAUAUGCUUCCCCGUCUUCACCUUCUACGUCAUCAACGUCGUCAGCGAAGAGAACCACUACAACAUUAGUGCCUCACAUCCUUGCAGUAACGGCACUCACCGCCAUCAGGAGAUGGAGCUUCAGCAGAAGGUUACUGAGAUUAUGACGCCAAAUCCGUUCUUAUCGUUCUUCCCAGGCUUGAUUCCUACAUUGCUGAUUGGACCCCUCCUUGAUAGACUCGGAAGGAAGAUUGGUUUUCUCAUACCAAUGACUGGAACACUUGUAAAACAAAUAAUAUACCUUGUGGUCAUUUGCAAGAAAUUACCUGUACGAAUUUUAUACAUUGGUAAUGCAAUUGAAGGCUUGACGGGCGGUUUUGCUACAAUGCUAAUGGCUUCCUUUGUUAUGGUAGCAGAUCUCACCCUCCCUGGUAGAGACAGGACUUUGAAAAUCUCCAUAGUGGAAGGAAUACAAGCCAUCUUUUCAUCCUUGGGCGGCUUUGCAACCGGUUUCGGCAUAAAGUACUUGGGAUUCAGAAACAGUGUUAUUAUCGCGCUGGUUCUGAAUGUAGUGAACAUAAUACUGACCACCAUACUUCUUUCAGAGACACUCAUUGUCCGAGUCCGAACCUCCUGCUAUGCCAUUCUCAAAAACAUGAAGAGAUGCUUCGUUUUCUAUUGUCAAGAUACUGAGGACAGGAGACAACUAAAGUUAAUCCUUGGGAUGACUGCGUUCAUUUUGACCGUAGCUGUCAACUUCUCCAAAUCAGACAUCGUGAGCACGUACCUGUUCAAACCCAAUUUGUGUUGGGAUCAAGAGAAGAUCAACAUCGUCCUGGCAGCGAAGGUAAUAGUCUACUGGUUGGUGAUCCUCUGCUGUAUGCCGGUGUUCCAGAUAGUGCUAGGAAUGGAGGACAGGACCAUCGGGAUCGUUGGGUGUGUGUCAUCCAUCGCAGCGUGCUUCAUCAUGUCGUUCGCAACGAAUGAUAAAAUUGUGUAUGCAGUUAUCGGGACCGGCGUAUUCAUGCGACUGUCAAUCCCCAUGCUUCGCUCCAUCAUGUCAGGCAGUGUCAGACAAGACGAGCAAGGUGCGUUGUAUGCGGGGAUGGGAUGUGUGGAGAUGGUGUGCGCGGCGGUCAUGGGGACGCUGACGGUGUUGUUGUACCGGGCAACGGUUUCCUCUUACCCAGACACAGUGUUCGUCGUCAUGGGCUGCGUCAUGCUUGUCGUGCUCGGUAUCUUUUUCAUUUUGAAUUUGUACAGUCGACACAGUUCUGCCAGUCUCGAGGGAUAUACGCGGCUGGACGGCAGCGACAGCAACCACAGAGUCGUGAAUUAGACGCCGACGACGACACUAGGACAACUGGACAGCAAAUGACAGCCAAACUAAAAUCGACGACAACGACAGCAACGAUUUAGAGUUAAACUUCUCAGCAGCAACAGUGGCAUGAGAGAUGUAAACCAGACAACUGCGUUCUUCGUUCAUUAUACACGGAUGAAAGUAUUCCAAGUUUGUUUUCAGUGUAUUUCAAACGUAAUUAAUAAUAAUAAUAAUGUGUCCAUUUAUAUAGCGCCACACUCCGCGCUAAGUAUGCUCAGAGCGAUAAAAAUCAGUAGCACAGCACAUUAUUACCCCGGAUAACCCAAGCUGCCUGUUAGGCGCUAGAAGGUUGUAGUCACAUGACUUAUCCCACCGGGUACCCAUUUUCUGCUGGGUGAACAGCGGCAAUUUUAAGCAAAUUCACUUGCCUAAGGUGAGAUCACAGUCAUGUGCUUCGUCGUUUCGAUUGCUGAAAGAAAUGUUGCUAAAUUUUAAUUAUACCUGUUUAACUAUCUACCUUUCAUGCGACAGUUUGUUAAAAUAUAUGUUGUGUUCCGGUUACUUUAUGUAAAGAUGAGGAAGAAAUGAAUUUGCAAACAGGUGCUCCUUACCGAUGUGGGACGUGACGAAAGAUUCAAGGAUUAAUCUACCUCACAGUCCCUUCAGUUGGGUAAUACUUCGACCGAACGUAGCGUUAUCACAACACUGCAACCCCUUAUAAAACAACUACGACAACGAUGUUUACUCAAACCCAUCUUUCAGCCCCUAUAUCUAGCUAAUUACCCUAUUCUUGGCUUAUCACUCCCCCACACACACACACCUUAUGUUGGGUAAUACUCUCUGAACGCAGCGUUAUCACAACACGGCACCCCAUAAUAAAACCAUUACGACAACGAUGUUUAUACUCAAACCUUCUUUCAGCCCCUUAAUCUUGCUGAUUACCUUAUUCUUGGCUUACUUCUAAUCCGAGAAAUAGUAUUCUUCUGCAAACGGAAAAUUCGUCCAACUGGAGCCCAGAACAAUCAUAAUGGUUAAUUUUAGGAGUAAUCCAGAAUGAACAAAAUAAUCUAGACUUGACUGUUUUAAUGUAUCCUUUGGGACCUCGUCUUUUCGUGUAGUCGUGAGGGACGACGGGGUAGACUAGUGGGUAAAGCGUUCGCUCGUCACGCCGAAGACAUUGGAUCGAUUCCCCACAUGGGUUCAGUGUGUGAAUCAUAUUUCUGGUGUACCCUGGCCUGACAUGGUAUCGAUAUUGCUAAAUGCAGCACAAUGCUACAUUCACCAAGCCACUCGAAGAAAGGUUCGAGAUGAGACACCCUAGUUUAACUACUUGUACUUGUGGUAUCAAUCCUUUUAUUCAGCUCAUCCAAAGAUAGAUGAAUUUUUAAAUCUAUGUUUAUCCUGCCAGAGACAGACAAUUUCCAUUGUGAUUGGUUAAUUGUCACCUAUACUGCGCAUAUGUUUGCCUUUCUAAGGAAUUUCUUCAUUUCUGAAAUUUUACAAACUCAUAUAUUGAAUAUAUAAUAAUAGUAAUGAUAAUAAUACUACUUUAUUUCUUCGAAAGGAAUUCAUUUUGCACCAAUACAGAGCUCUUGUACAAAAGAUAUAAAGGACAAACAACACCAUAAUAUAUAUAUGGUUUAGUUUUGGUUAAAUAUUUGUUAUGGUAACAAUUUGAAGAGGGUUCAUAACAUAUAUUCGCAAUAUAGUCGGAAUCGCACAAUCAGCUCUACGUUUAGCAGAGCUUUCUUAUAAACAUUGACAGACUUUUGUCACUUUUAUUCAUAUUUGCUUUUGUAACCAAAUCUAUGAUGCAUUUAUAACGUUUUGUUGACUUGUACUAUUGAUCUGAUUUGUUGAUAUAUGUUAUGCAGACAUUUAUAUUGUAUGUGCUGUAAACUAUCGUGUGCUUUUUUGUUUUCCAAGCAUGCGUUGUAUGCUUGAAGUUAAUGUUUUGUAAUAAAACUGAAUAACGUUUCACUGACUUCCUG